AUGAAGCAGACAGUUUUGCUUGCUGCUCUUGCCCCUCUGGCAGCGCUGCCAGGCGUUCAAGCCGAGUCUGCAGAAAGCUGGAUCAGCGCUAUCUGGGAUGACUUCAAGGAGGCCGUGGACUGUGGAACUUGCCAGGUUCUCUUGGGUGGCCUCAAACUGGUGGCCGAUGUGGGCGAGGGCUUUAUGGAGGAUGUUCUGACCGGCAUUUGCGAUAUCAGUGGUGCAGAGGAUCGUGAUGUCUGCGCCGGUGUCAUCGCAAUCGAGGGACCAGCGUUGCACUACUCCUUAAAAAACAUGAAGGUGGCUUCUCACACAGCCAAGACGCUGUGCUCCGCCUUGAUCGGCCUAUGUGACUUCCCCGAUGUUCGUCCAUACCAUUUAUCUUUCCCCUCGCCCAAGCCAGCGACGACGCGUCCCCCCCCCAGCAGUAAACCCCCCAUCAAGGUUGUCCACUUCAGUGACACACACGUCGACCUCUCCUAUGAGACCGGCUCCAACUAUGACUGCUCCAAACCCAUUUGCUGUCGCGUAUACACCGAGGACGAUGCACCAGGAACCGCCGACAAGCCCUGCGGACCCUGGGGUAACCUCAAAUGCGAUCCGCCGCACCGACUCCAGGAAAGCAUGAUGACCGCCAUCACAGACCUCCACCCAGCCUUCUCAAUCUAUACCGGCGACGUAGUCGCCCACGACGUCUGGCUCGUCAAUCAAUCCGAAGUCUUACAGGACUUUAACGCCACAUAUGGUGCAAUGGAGAACCAUCUCGGGCUCGUGUAUGCUGCUCUCGGCAACCACGAUGCCGCGCCACUGAACCUCUUCCCAUCCCACAACAUCCCGGACGAAUACAACCCGCAGUGGGCCUACGAAGCCCUCGCCGCCAACUGGAUGACACUGACAGGAAUGGAAAGCGUUCAGAAGGCGACCGAAUACGGCUCAUACUCCGCCAUCCACCCCAACAGCAAGCUUCGCAUCAUCUCCUACAACAGCAUCUUCUACUACAAGUACAACUUCUUCUCCUACGAAGAGCCGAUGGAGUCCGACCCCAACGGGCAAUUCACCUGGCUUAUCGAAGAGAUGCAAGCCGCCGAGGAUGCGGGCCAGCGCGUGUGGCUUAUCUCGCACAUCCCGUCCGGGAACGUGGACCAUCUCCGCGAUCACUCGCACUACUUCGACCAGAUUGUGCAGCGUUACGAAACCACCAUUGCUGGGCUGUUCUAUGGGCACACGCACACAGACGAGUUCCAAAUCGCGUACUCGAACUAUAGCCAUCGCAACUGGGACACAGCCACGGCGAUGGGCUACGUCGCGCCCUCGAUGACACCUACGUCCGGCCCGCCCUCCUUUCGCGUCUACGACAUCGACCCAGAGACCUUCGGCGUGAUGGAUUUCACACAGUACAUCGCUAAUAUCAGCGACCCAUCGUUCCAGAGAGGACCCGAGUGGGUGCCGUACUAUUCUGCGAAGAAAGCCUACGGCUCCAAACUCUCGCCACCCGUCCAAGACGCUGGUGUCGAGCUUACGCCCGGAUUCUGGCACAAUGUCACCGUAGCCAUGGAGAAGGACUCCUCUGUUUUUGAGGACUUUUGGGCGCGACGGACACGUGGGUACAGUGUGCCAGCUUGUACGGGCGACUGCGUGACGAACGAGAUUUGCGCUCUGCGAGGUGCCGACGCCCAGUAUAGUUGUGUGCAGGCCACGCCGGGAUUCAGUUUCUCGAAGCGCAACGAGGCGAGUAAUGCCCCGUUGCUGAGCAAGCGGUUCCAGCCUGAGUGUAACCAUGCUGGUAUGGCGUCGCUCUUGGCCAAGAUUGCGCACCAGGCUAGCCUGGCGAAGCGGAAUGGGGAGUGA